GCGCCGGCGAUGGUCUACGUCGAUGUGGACUCCGAACUCUCCCAGAAGAAGAUCCGGGACCAGCUCAGCGCCCUCAUGCAGUCCCAGGGACCGCUCGCGAGGAUCAACAGCCCAGCACUGGCGGCCAUCGACGUGCAGAUCGCGGAGAAAAAGGCGUCCUUGUACGCGUCCCGACCGCCCAGCCAGCAGCCCGACGGUCUCUGGGCGGUGAUCACUCGGGCGGAGAAGCGCCUCCAGCAGGCCCAGGAGGACAUGCAGGCGGCUCAGGAGAAGAUCGAUGCGGAACAGGCCGCCUGGACGGCCUACAGGGCGGACCUGAUGGAGUUGGAGACCGGCCUCACGAAGAACCCUUAA